AUGAGCGAAUCUCCCUUGUUGGGCUUUUUGUCUUCUCUGCAGUCAGCCAUUCAACUUUGUCCCAGACUUUUUCCACAGCAGGCCCCUUCCACAGAUAAAUGUCUCACCUCUCCUCAUCUGCUGCCGUCUUGCUAUCUUUUGGGAGCUGGGCAGUUCGGCUCAGAGGUUCAUGGGAAAUACGCACCAGGGACGCAGUGUUGGCGUGUCGACGAUAACCCACGUGUCACUCCGAGAUACCGCCGGCGGCUCCCUGUAAAGUCAUGGCUUUGUCUUCUGUCAUUGUCGCCAUCACAGCUAAACGCCUAUGACUGCACAGCUCAUCGCCAAAAAGAGGUGUCAUCCCAGAGAUGUAUCACCACGCUCAUGUUCCCGACUCUUUGCUGGUCCACUCGAGGUGUCAAAGUGUAG